AUGGCUUGUACUCUCCUCGCCAGUAGCAAGACCCACUGCACCCCUUCUCCAGGUCGCGAAUGCAAGUACGCCGGCCAAUCAGUGAGGGCGCUUCCAAUUCGAAUUCUGAGUGUGGGGAAGAAGAGGUCUACAGGGGUUCAGCUCAUAGUCGAUGAGUAUGUCAGUAAGCUCAAGCUUUAUUGUCCCGUUGAAGAUAUUCGACUAAAGUCGAACCCAAGAAAUGCUCGGGAUGUGAUGGCUCGUAUCGAACACGAAGAUACAGCUGUGAUGAGCCUUAUCAAGCAAAAUGAAUGGGUUGUGAUGCUGGACGAGCGCGGAGUCGGUAUUAAUUCUGAGCAAAUGGCUUCAUUAAUUGGGGAUGCUGGGAACACAGGAGCUUCAAGCAUAUUGUUUUGUAUUGGUGGAGCUUAUGGCCAUGGAAAACAAUUGAGACAAAGAGCUGAUGUUUCGAUCCGGUUGUCGUCUUUGGUCUUAAACCAUGAAGUUGCCCUGGUUGUGCUGUCUGAGCAGCUCUACAGAGCUUGGACCAUCCUAAAAGGCCAGAAGUAUCACCACUAG